ACUCAUCUACUUUUCUUUCAUUGGUUCUGGCCUCCUUUCUUCGCCAAUAACCAUGAGGCCAGAAAUCGCACUUUUUGUAUUCCUUCCCGUCUCCUGCUUCUUCUCCGGCCUUGCCGCCUCUCACUGCGUUCCCCGCACAUCUCCUUAUGCGGUGCCGGUCAAUUAUUCAUCGCUUUCUUCUUCUUAUCUGACCGGUUCCUCUGUGCCUCCAGAGUCCUCGCCCCCGUACUCUGCUCCGGAGUCCUCCCCCCUCCCCUCUCCUCCCUGUGAAUCACCGCCCCCCGCCUCGCCGCCAUCCCCGCCAACCACCCUCCCUCCUCAAUCGGCCGCCCCCAACUCCGGCUCGUCUAUCGACUUGGCCGACGGUGUCGCCAUCGCCAUCUGCGGCCACACCGACUACCCGGACCUUUGCGUCUCGUCGAUCCGAUCGCUCUUACCCUCGUCGGGCUCGCUCGAUCCCGCAGCAUUGCUAAAGCUGGAGAUGGAGGCCAUCCGGACGCACCUCAAGCCCGCGAGAUCUGCAGCCUCCGAGUUCUUCGCCGGCACGAAGGAGGGCGAGCCCUUGCACUCUAUCAUGGAAGCGUGCAUCAACCAGUACGACGACGUGCCGGACACCCUCGACAACGCCCUGAAGGCUCUCAAGGCCGGCGACAAGGGGACGCUGAACAGCAUGCUGAGUGCGUUGGUCACGGACUUCGAUACCUGCGAGCAAGGGUUUGAGGAAUUUGAGAUGGAGUCGACGCUGGCGAUCUACGACAAGACGCUAAGCCAGCUGAGCAGCAACUGCCUCGCGAUCGCCGAGCUCGUCUAGCUCCGAUAGUAGCCACGCCGAAAUCACGGCGGAAUUGGGCCCUGCUUGAUCAUUUGACGUUCCGCGAAUUCGAGUCGGAUUGAUUUUCGCGUCGGAAUUAAUGCCUUGUUUGGACUGAAUACAACUAAAUUGAAUUGAAUUGAGUUGAAUUCUAUUGUUUCUUUUUCAUGUUUUUAUCCUGAAUCACAAGACUUGUAGUAAAGAACAUCAUAGAGUAUAUUUUCAAA